UUCAUUGUUUAUUGAAAACAAAAUAAUGAAAAGAACAAGAAACUCGGAGAGGAAAAGAAACUUAGUUUCAGUUCCUAAAGGCGGUAAAUCGCAAGAUGAAAAUUUGCCGGCUUAUGAUGAAAAUCAGAGUUACAAAAUGAUGGAAAGUAACGGAAAAUCGAGUUUGCCUGCGGGAAAGAGAUUAAAUGUUAAAAAGCUUAAACAAGAAAUAGUAGCAGCUGGUUCUGAAAAAUAUGGAAGAAAUAAAGCCAACAAGUUAAAAGAAAACGUGGAAAUGAUUAAGGAAGAAUUAAAACAACUGGAAGAUCCACCGUUAACUAAAUGGGAGAUAAAUAUAAUGUCAGCUAGACUUCCAUAUUCCUUUUUCGAUACACCUUGUGAAGAAUUGGCGCAAAAUCUUCUCGGCAAAAUUCUUGUUCGAAAAUUGGAAAAUGGAACUAUUUUGAAAGGCAGGAUCGUAGAAACCGAAAGCUAUUUAGGAACAGUGGACAAAGCUUCACAAACUUAUGAAUAUAGGGUUUCAGCUCGAAAUUUACCAUUGUACAUGCCACCAGGAACUAUUAAUGUUUAUUUCACGUAUGGGAUGUAUCACUGUUUCAAUAUUUCCAGCCAGGGUGAUGGAACUGCAGUUCUCAUUCGAGGUCUUGAGCCUCUCGAAGGCCUCGACCAAAUGACAGAAAAUCGGAAUUCGAAAAAGAAAUCAAAUUCAAAACAAUUCAGAAAGGAAUUUAAGUCGCACGAAUUAUGCAAUGGUCCCUCAAAAUUUUGCAUGGCUUUUUCGUUAGAAAAAAAACAUAGCAAAUAUUCGUUAUGUUCAUGGAAAGGUUUAUGGAUCGAGGAAGAUAAGACGAAUCAAGAAGAAAUAAAAAUAAUCCACUGUAAGAGGAUAGGGAUCGACAGUUGUGGAGCUGAAUGGGCAAACAAACCUUUGAGAUAUUACAUUUAUGGUAACAAUUCUGUUAGCAAACGAGACAAAAAGGCAGAAAUGAUUUCUUUAGAAGAAAUUUGAUUAUUUUCUUAAUUUUUUUAUUGUACAAGUUUGUUAAAUUGCGUACAAAUUUUUUUAAGAAGUUUAGAAUAUUAUAACUACGGAAAUAAUAGAUCUAAUAAAACGUAUCUA